UAAUAAACUGGCCAAACUAUAGCCAUAAUUAUCUGACAUCUGACAAGGAUCUUUAAACGGGCGUUUGGCAUUGCGCAUACGCAGCGUAUUACGGGAACGAAUUCUAGACUAAAGGAUUCAACAAGUGUCUGUCGCAAUCCAUGUUCAGAGCCUGACCGCAUCAACAUCCGUAGACACACUUAGUCGCAUCUGCAGUCGGAACGAGAUGAAGGAAACCAAAAUGGUGCAGGACCAAGGAGAGACCAAUGUGAUGGGGCUGCCCGAGUCGCUGCUGAAGAUCGCCAAGCGGGAGCUGCGCGAGGACCGUUGCACGCGGGAACAGAGCCUGGAGCAGCUCAGGAAUUGGGUGAUGAAGAACGAGGACCUGCAGAAUGUGCGCUGCGAUGACACGUUCCUGUUGCGCUUCCUGCGGGCCAAGAAGUUUAGUGUGCCGAUGGCGGAGCAGACAAUGCUCAAGUACCUCAAUAUCAGACGCACCUUCCCGCACAUGAGCACCCAUCUGGACUACCUGGAGCCGCGUCUCGGGGAUCUCAUCGAUCAGGGGUACAUAUUCGCUGUGCCGCAGCGGGACAAGCACGGCCGGCGGGUGGUGAUCAUCAAUGCCAAAGGACUGAAUCCAAAGGUUCACACCAGCUGCGACCAGGCGAAGGCCCACUUCCUGACCUACGAGUGCCUGAUGGAGGACCAGGAGACACAGAUCACGGGCUUGUCGCAUGUGGGCGACUUCUCCGGCGUCUCCACGGCCCAUGUGACCAACUGGAAUCCCACGGAGUUUGCUCGCAUCUUCAAGUGGGGCGAGCAGUCGCUGCCGAUGCGUCACAAGGAGAUCCACCUGAUCAACGUGCCCUCCACGCUCAAGUGGCUCAUAGAUUUCGUGAAGAAUCGCGUCAGCUCCAAGAUGAAAAACCGCCUCAUCAUCUACGGCAGCGAGAAAGAGCUGAUGAAGGCAGUGGACGCCGGCUGCCUGCCCCUGGAGAUGGGCGGCACAAUGCCCAUGCGCGAAAUGAUCGAGCUGUGGAAGCAGGAGCUGGCCGCCAAGCGGGACCAGGUGCUGGGCCUGGACAAGUGCAUCCUGCUCUCCGACCGCGGCAUCCAGCGGCGCAGCAGCUUCAACUCCGAGAAGACCGGCUCCGGGCCGAACUUCGUGUCACAGAUCGAGUCCAUCGAGGGGAGCUUUCGGAAGCUGGAGUUCGACUAG